AUGAAAAAAUUAUGCAUUUGCAGAGAUCCAUUUUCCUUCUUCUUUGGCUCUGUGAGACAGCAAACAGAAUGCACAUUAGAUUACAAUACUGUAGAAGAUGCAAAGCGGACUGAAAGGAAGAAGAAGACGAAGCAUACAAGUCCUGAGGCGUUUCAAACUCUCGAAAUGAUUGUGUGCUGGCUUUGUUUUGCGAUGAGAUGA